GUCUUGGCAUGAGCGGACCCCAGAGCCUGUGGGAGGUGGUCGUGCUGUGUGUGGCGAUUUUGUACGGGAGGAAAAAAUAAUAAUAAUACUGUACACGCACACUUCUGGGUGGAAUUUGGUUCGUCGUAAAAAAAUGUACGCCUAUCACUAGCUGAACAGUCCUCCAGGGACAACGCUCUACUGGCUAUGCGUGUAUCCAAAGACGAAGCAACUGUUCUGCCCAGAGGUCAUACAAUGCAGUGAACCUGAUGGCUCAGCGUCGCGUCCCGUUGUUCUUCCUGCUGCUCCUGAAGAUCCUGGGGGCGUUAGCUGAAGACGGGCACAUCAAGUGCACGUGCGAGGGCAGCUCUUGUGCCCCGGGGCACCACUGCGAUGGCGAACAGUGCUUCUCCUCGGUGACGGUGAGCGGGGACCAGCGCGUCUUCACCCGCGGCUGCAUGACGAACACCCAGCAGAGCCGCAUGAUGUGCUCCAACGCGCCCUCUGCCAGCUACGCCAUCGAGUGCUGCUCGCACUACAUGUGCAACGCCAACGCCACCACCGACACGCUUCUGCCUCUGCUGCUCACAGGUGGAACUGCACCUGCGACACAUCAAGUGCCAGAAGGAAAGCCAAUCAGGUACAGGGUGGAGACCCUUGUCAUCUUCGUGAUUGGCCCGUUUGUGGUGCUGGCCCUCCUAUCCCUGCUGGCCGUGCUGGUGUGUCGGCGGCUGCACCACGGCCGGCUGGAGAGGCUACACGAGAUGGACGCUGAGCAGGGGGCCAUCGACGGCCUCAUUGCUUCCAACGUGGGCGACGGCACGCUGGCUGAUCUCCUGGAUCACUCCUGUACUUCAGGCAGUGGCUCUGGCCUUCCCUUCCUUGUUCAGAGGACCGUGGCCCGGCAGAUCAGCUUGGUGGAGUGUGUCGGAAAAGGGCGUUAUGGGGAAGUCUGGAGGGGCCAGUGGCAGGGAGAAAACGUGGCAGUGAAGAUCUUCUCCUCCAGAGAUGAGAAGUCCUGGUUCAGAGAAACAGAGAUUUACAACACUGUCCUGCUGCGGCAUGAAAACAUCCUCGGAUUCAUGGCUUCCGACAUGACAUCGCGUAACUCCAGCACGCAGCUCUGGCUCAUCACGCAUUACCACGAGAACGGCUCGCUCUACGACUACCUGCAGCGUGUUGCCGUGGAGACGGCGGACGGGCUGCAGAUGGCGGCGUCGGUGGUGAGCGGACUGGUGCACCUGCACACGGAGAUCUUCGGGACAGAGGGAAAGCCGGCUAUAGCUCACCGUGACCUCAAGAGCAAGAACAUCCUAGUGAAGAAGGACCUGCGCUGUUGCAUCGCUGACCUCGGCCUGGCAGUCACGCACUCGCAGUCAGACAAUCAGCUGGAUGUUGGAAAUAACCCCAAGGUUGGUACCAAGAGGUACAUGGCGCCGGAGGUUCUGGACGAGACCAUACAGACAGACUGCUUCGACGCUUACAAGCGAGUGGACAUCUGGGCCUUUGGGCUGGUCCUCUGGGAAAUUGCUCGCCGGACCUACAGUAACGGCAUCGUCGAAGAGUACAAGCCGCCCUUCUACGACCUUGUGCCCAACGACCCCAGCUUCGACGACAUGCGCAAAGUCGUGUGCGUGGAACAGCAAAGACCCUUCAUUCCCAACAGAUGGUUCUCGGAUCCGACCCUGUCGGCCCUGGUGAAGUUGAUGCGGGAAUGCUGGUACCAGAACCCGUCGGCCCGCCUCACGGCACUGCGAAUCAAAAAGACUCUAGAUAAAAUCUACAGCUCCCUGGAGAAAGGCAAAGCGGACUGCUGAAGACGGGCAUCUCUGGAGGGGUUGGCCUGAACCAGCAUGGGCGGGGCAAGGGAGGAGCAGGGUGGGGCUGGGACCUGGGGGCGGGGCUUGUACACAGACUGACACGCAUCCAAACACCCGAAGGAGUAAAAUGGGAUGGGGGGGUGUUUUGUUCUGUCAUUGUAAGGUAAUUAUUAUCAUUUUUUUGUAUUGCUGUUUGUUUUUGUCACUAUCUCUGGCUUAUUCUUGUGUUAAUCUGCCAGUGAACUUCCCUGCAUUGGACUGGCUGCAUACCAUUGUGUGUGUGUGUGUGUGUGUGUGUGUGUGUGUGGAGGCCUCCUGCCCAGCAUACCGUUGUGUGUGUGGAGGCCUCCUGCCCAGCAUACCGUUGUGUGUGUGGAGGCCUCCUGCCCAGCAUACCGUUGUGUGUGUGUGUGUGUGUGUGUGUGUGUGGAGGCCUCCUGCCCAGCUCUUUCUGUUGCGUGUGGCGUCUCCCGCGGGAAAAGCUGCAGGCCCAAGCUUUUGGGGCCCCGGGGUCUCUCCGUCCUAAAACUUCAGUCCUCGGGUAAUGCCCCCCCCCCCCCCCCCCCCCCUUUAAGUUUUCUAGUUCGGCGUUGUGAUUUCGGGCGUUAUGCAAAAGCAGCUUUUUCUCAGUACUCCUUACGAGGCAAGGGCGGCUACCGGAACGUUCGACGUUUUAACGGCACGGGUGCCUUAGAUCAGUGUAUGUAUCCUCCAUCUCCCUGCUGGCCCAGUAGAGUUUACAGAAGAGUCACAAUGUCAUUUUUACAAAGCCAAUAGAACCGGAACCACAAACCGCUGAACACCUUGUGCAGUGAACCUUAACGGCUGCCUGCGAAAGUGCCAUAGCCCUUGAUCAUGUUUUCUCUAUAUAUUAAUAUACAAACAGUAAUAUACAAACUGUAAGUAUAUAUUCCUGUAGUCCUUCACCACUUCUCCAGCAGCGACCGGUUUAACAAAACAAAAAAGCAUGUGGCUUUGGAACAGAAACGGGCGGUAGCUCUCAGUGGGAAACGUCUCGGUGCGGAAGCCGGCUUGCCAGCGUCAGGGAGCUCGUCACUGCAGCUCACUGCCACACGCCUGCCCUCGGGCUCUCUGCUCUUUUGGGUCCUGAAGUUUUUAUAUAUUCGAUUCUUGAUUGGCACGGGGGUCUGUCGUCUGUCACAAUGUGUCAGCCCCCCCCCCCCUGCCACCGCCCGUUUUCGGAGCCGUCCGCCAUGACAUUCUCCUGCCAGCUCUUCCCAUGGCUGUAUGCAAAGACAAGCUUCCAUGAUCUUACUUGGGUUGGGGAGGGGGGGGGGGGUUUCCACAGCCUGGAGGCGUCGAUGACGCACAAAACUAAGUUUCUUCCUGAAAACAACAAAUCUUGUGCUUCGUUUUAAUAUGUAAAUCUGUUGCUUUUUCCAGUCUUGUAGUCCUAAAACAUUUACUGGUAUUAGUUUCUUGGUUCCAGUUGGAAUGGAUUUUUUUUCCUUUUUUUUUUUUUUUUGAGUUUUUUUAUCAUCAAUUAAGGGGCAGAGCCAAGACCUGAAGAAGGAUACUACAGUUAAACAAAAAAAAAAACAUGCAUCAGAUUCAUGCAGUUACCUUUCAGCCUGAACUAAGAGGUCUAGUGAAGAUCAUCUGGUGAAGGGGAACCUCACAUUACAUGUUACUGUAUUAACAUAGUCGCUACCGAACUUUAUUUUCAUCAGCACAAUAUUGUCACAAAUGUGGAACAUAUUACUGUAUAGCAUAAACACUGCUAUGAGCUUGCCUUUGUUAAAUUACAACUGUGAAUGCCUAAAAAAAAAUCCCUAAAUGACAUGGAUGGGAACAGUACAGAUCUCACGUGGGGGGGGUAAAACGUAAUGAUGUACUACUGCUGGGCGCAUAGUUUAGACAUUUCAGCACUUUGGAUGACCUGGCGCCAGAAGUAUGUAGUGGGCGUAGACCGAAAUGACAGCCAGCUGGACGUUCCGUAGAGGGUGACGGCGGUGGCUAAACUCGCCUCAUUCCCAGACACUCGGCAUGAGGACGAAGGCCAGCCCCUCCUUUCACUUUGGCAGCUCUGCUGCAGCAGCCAGCACCGAACAGGCCAUUAAACAACAUGUAGUUAUCAUGGUGAUUAUUAUUAUUAUUUAUUAUCAGAAAUGUCCUGUUACAAGGAUGCAUAAGCAAUCAGUAAGUACCAGAAGUCCAAGCACUGAUUUUAACACUAGUAAUGCAUUUGAGAGACACUACAAAUAUACGAUGAAACGGUGCUUUACAAAUUAAGCUGAGUACAAUCAGCUGUUAGACAACAGCUGAUCCACACUACAUGAAUACAAGUAUUUAAAUAUUGGAACUUAAACUUUCUGCAUUUAAGUAUUUGCAAAAAAGGCAUUUAUGGUAACAGCAACAGUUUUGUUUGGAUAUAUUUGUUUUAAAGAAGCACGUUUGUUUAAAUCCAGUUUUUAUGUUGCUUUUUUUUUUUUUUUUUUACAUGCAAU